AUGUCUUCUCCUCGAGCCUCAUCUCCGGUUAACUCGCCUGCUGCUGCCAGCGGUGCCAGCAUCGGCAGACCUUCAUCCCCUACUCCUCCUGGCGGCCCUCGAACCGCCAUUCGACGCCGCGCUGCUGCCGACCAGAAGGAGAAGAUCGCAAAUGCUCGACCUACCAGCACGAGAUCGGCCGGCGCUGGUGGCUCCAGCAGCACUAUGCUGAGACUCUACACUGAUGAGUCACCCGGCCUGAAAGUUGACCCCGUUAUCGUUCUUGUCCUGUCUCUUGUGUUCAUCUUCAGCGUUGUGGCUUUGCAUGUGAUUGCGAAAAUCACUCGGCGAUUUUCGAGCUAA